GAGCUGAAGCCAGAUGUGCUGUGCGUGUCUUACAUCUACCCUGCUUUCUACGCCCUGGGCGAGGCGUUGGGACUUCCAAUUGUUGGCAUCGGCUGGGGCACACCUAGCUGGCUGACAUCCCAGAUUGACGUGCCCUGGGCGACAGAACCAAAUGUCGGGUCCAUCCACUCGCGGGAGGAGCUCUACAAGAACCCCCUGCUGCUGCUGGAGAACACAGCAGUGCGGAUCUUUGGCUUCUUCGCCUUACGCAUCGGCAGCGCCAUCAAUAUGUACUUUCGAUAUCGUCUCGGACAUCCUAGGCCUUUGGAGGUGUGGGAGUUUGAUGCGAUCCUGCAGCAUCCCGCCGUCAUUACCACCCUUCCAGAGUUUACAGCUGGGAUGCCCACGGCCUGGAGCCCAUACACGUUCACGGUGGGGAUUUUGGACCACCCUGCGCUGGAAGGAAGCGGCAUGAUGAAGAGUGACGACCAGGAGAAGAUCAUGGCGUGGCUUGAUGAACAGCAGAAGGCCUCCAAAGAUGUUCUCUACGUAGCCUUUGGCUCUGAGGUCCGGGUGUCCAAGGCACAUGCUUCGCUGUUGGUGGAGACAUUCAAGAAGGGGGGCUUCACGGUUCUUUGGGCUUCCAAGGUCAAGCCUGAUGUCCUCAUCCCAGAGAAUGUGUUGGUAACCAAGUUUGCGCCACAACGCGCAGUGCUGGCUCAUCCUGCUGUAUUUGGGUUCGUCUCGCAUGGAGGCAUGAACAGCGUGAACGAAGCCCUUGCUUUUGGUAAGCCCUUGGCAAUUAUGCCCUUCUUUGCAGAUCAGAUGAUGGUUGCUGUGGUGCACAGAGAUUUGGGUGUUGCAGUCAUGCUAGACAAGACCGCGGCUACUCCAGAUGACUUGGUAGCAGCCAUCCGCAAGAUUUCAACUGAGCCCUAUCGUCGCCGCUCUCGGGAGAUCCGAGAGCUGAACGAACAGCGCCGGGACAUGUCUAGGGCAGUGCAGGUCAUCGUCAACCAGGCGACGGGGAAAUUCCGCUUGCACAUCCCGCCGUGCCCGAACCUUUUGAUUCGGAUUGUGCCGCUGAUUAUGACGCUUGCUUUCUUUGCAACGUACUGCGGCUGUUGCUGCUGUCUCAGAGUUCGCUUGCAGAAGCCGUGCUGGUGCUGUUGCUGUCGCGGGAGGGCUGGCCCAUCCAACGCAAAUACGGCAGACAACAAGAAAAAGCGCCAAUAG